AUGGGUUCAUUUUCUCUAUUGUGUGUCUUGGGAUUAAUAUUCACUGUGGGAAAUUACGUUGCGAAUGCACAAGACUCACAAACAGACUUCGUGAAUGCUCACAACGCAGCAAGAUCUCAGGUUGGUGUUUCAAAUAUUGUUUGGGACAACACUGUCGCUGCUUAUGCCCAAAACUAUGCUAAUCAACGCAAGGAUUGUAAUGGUGUCCACUCUGGUGGGCGUUAUGGGGAGAAUAUCGCAAAAAGCUAUGGCGGAGACUUGAGUGGCACAGCUGCAGUGAAAUUGUGGGUUGUUUGGAGAAACUCAGUUCGUCUGGGAUGUGCCAAAGUGACAUGUGAUAAUGGAGGAACUUUUGUUACUUGCAACUAUGACCCACCAGGCAACUAUGCUGACCAAAGGCCAUACUAA